AGCGAUAAUUAGAAGAAGAAAGUCGGCGCAAUUUCGGCGACUCAUUCCAUAAAGGGGAGUCCAACAUGCAGAGCUGUGGGUCGGUCCGUCCUCUGUUUGGCGGAGCCAUGUCUGCGCUCAUCCCUCAUGGUGCCAAAGACGUCAGCGAGCUGAGAGAAAUCCCCGACAACCAGGAGGUGUUCGCCCAUGCGGGCACAGACCAGAGCCUGAUCGUGGAGCUGGUAGAGUACCAGGCCCAGGUGGCCGACCAGGAUGCUGCUAGCUACCACUUUCUGGACAUCGCAGGGAGCAACAAAGCGUCUGAACCCGGCUCCUCUAGCAUCACCAGCGUUGUCAGCUUGUCCCGGCAAGACGUGUCUCUUACGCAGUGCAGCUCUGCCUGGAUGCUCUCCGGGGCUCAGUGUGUGUCUAAGUUCAAUGAAGAGGCAAAGAACUCGGUGACCAUUCACCUGGGUUUGUUCAGGCUGCCACAGUUUUCCACAGAUGUCCUGGUCACUUUCAAUGACCCACAGACUAUAAGUUCUGAGAGCAGCAGCGCUCCAGCAGCUGGAAAACAUGAAGAAGCCUGGACUGUGAUGGACUUCCAGGACCUACUGAAAUCCAUUACUCUGCAUGACACAGGAUUGUUUGGCUAGAAGCUGCUCACUGAUAUUAUGUGAAUCUGAAUGUCAGUGAGUAGCGUCUGAUAUUGGUGUCCAAAUUGGGUGUGUCCUGACACCCGCAUCAAGAUAAACAUGAUGUUUGCUUCAGUUAUCACACAAAUGUGUGUUUAUAAGCAAUGAGGACUCAUUCACAUUCAAAUGUUAAUCAUAAGAUUGGAAUGAACAGAUAAAUAAUUGCUCAGGAAAUAAUGGUUGUUGAUGUAAUUAUUUGAAAUUAACUCCCAAAUAGGCCUUUUAAAGUAUAUUAGUUUGCUGAAAAGAGGACGAUAUAGUUUUUAUUUUCCAUCCUACUCCUUGAAAAUACAAAGAUUGAAAUGUUUCUGAUGAACCAUGCCCUGCUAAACAUGUAAUAAUGAUCAUAAUGUAAUAUCAUAUGUAUUUAAUAUUUGUUGACUAUUUUUGUCGGUGUGGUUCCUCAUUCACUUGGGUCAAAGUAAUUCAGUGAAUUAAAUAGAAAAACUAGAUUAAAUGGGGAAAUGGGGAGUUUUGUCCUCUUCAUGAUAAACCUACGAGACUUGGACACUGUUCUUCUUUAUAGUAGUUAUUUCUGUAUUUUUCAUACUACAUAUUUGUAGGCUUCCAGUGCAACAUUUUUGACAAUUAUUAUUUAUGGUGGUGUUUUAGGAUUUAUUCUGGUCCCAUCAGGUCAAAUAUCUAAGUGUUUGUGCUUUUACCGCCAAUGUAAUUGUUUGAAAUGUGGCAUUGACUCAUGGAGUCAUCAGUGCAGCUGCGUGCUCGCAGCAGGAAUAUGAAUCAGCUGGUCUCUUCAUUCUGCCGUUUGCUGCUGGACUUAAUAAGGAAUAAUUUGUUGACCAGAGCCUUAAAACCCCAGAGUUAAGGGUGUAUUUGGUGAAUUGCUUCACUUCUGAAUGGAUUUACGAUCAUCAUAGCUGCUUCAAACUUCUAAAUGGCCUAAUGGAUUUAGAAACGCAGAGUCAGCAUGCAAUAUAAGACAUUUUUCAUAUGCUACAACUGUUAUUCAAGGAAAAACAGCCCAAAUUGGGCCCACUGAAACAGAUUUUAAGGGUCUUAAGUCGAGCUCAGAGUUAAGCCGGGCUUGUCACACCAUAGGAAUUUGAGCAAGCCUUGCAUAACAAACAGUUGAAGGUCCCGACUUCUCGCCACAUCACAAGCUCCUGGUCCUGCGGUGCAGCUAUGGAAGAUUAAGGUCUCAUAAAGUCGAGCUUCCUUUCCCAUCUGCGGGCACAUUCUUUCAUUAAUGACAACACCAUUGGGCCAACAACAACAUAUCAGACUACACUAGAUAAACAUUCUGCUGUUGUGCAUGACACGAUUCAGCACAGGUGAGGGUCUGAUGACAGACUUCAGCCAGCCGCUUAAUUACAGGGCCUAAAAAGUUUGUUUACAAGAACAGAACAAGAAAGCCAUUUGCCCUUUCUAAAGUUACCUGAGUUUUGCUUUGUUUUUUUCCCAUUCGAUGAGAACUAUAAGUGGUGUGCUGUUGUCUACACC